AUGAUGAGAGAAUGGGCCCUGAUCUUGUCCAUGCUGCUCUGUGGCCUGGCUGGCCCCACGCACCUGUUCCAGCCGAGCCUGGUGCUGGACAUGGCCAAGGUCCUCCUGGACAACUACUGUUUCCCAGAGAACCUGAUGGGGAUGCAGGAAGCCAUUGAGCAGGCCAUCAAGAGCCAAGAGAUCCUGGCCAUCUCAGACCCACAGACACUGGCCCAAGUGCUGACAGCCGGGGUGCAAAACUCCCUGAACGACCCUAGGCUGGUCAUCUCCUAUGAGCCCAGCAUGCUCGAGGCUCCCAAGAAAGCCCCGGCACUCACCAACCUCACACAAGAGGAGCUGCUUGCUCGGCUGCAGGAGGGCAUCCGCUAUGACAUUCUGGAGGGCGACGUGGGCUACUUGCGAGUGGACGACAUCCCAGGCCAGGAGGUGGUGAGCAAGCUGGGGGGCUUCCUGGUGGACAAUGUCUGGAGGAAGCUCAUGGGCACCUCUGCCUUGGUGCUGGACCUCCGGCACUGCACUGGGGGCCACGUUUCCGGCAUCCCCUAUAUCAUCUCCUACCUGCACCCAGGAAACACGGUCCUGCACGUGGACACCAUCUACGACCGCCCCUCCAAUACGACCACUGAGAUCUGGACCCUGCCCGAGGUCCUGGGAGAGAGGUACAGUGCCGACAGGGAUGUGGUGGUCCUCACCAGUGGCCACACCGGGGGCGUGGCCGAGGACAUUGCUUACAUCCUCAAACAGAUGCGCAGGGCCAUCGUGGUGGGCGAGCGGACCGUGGGAGGUGCCCUGGACCUCCAGAAGCUGAGGAUAGGCCAGUCCGACUUCUUCCUCACCGUGCCUGUGUCCAGGUCCCUGGGGCCCCUGGGCGGGGGCAGCCAAACAUGGGAGGGCAGUGGAGUUCUGCCCUGUGUGGGGACCCCGGCCGAGCAGGCCCUAGAGAAAGCCCUGGCCAUCCUCACACUGCGCCGUGCCCUGCCAGGAGUCAUCCAGCGCCUGAAGGAGGCCCUACAGGACUACUACACGCUGGUGGACCGCGUGCCUGCCCUGCUGCACCACCUGGCCAGCAUGGACUUCUCCUCAGUGGUCUCUGAGGACGAUCUGGUCGCUAAGCUCAACGCUGGCCUGCAGGCUGUCUCCGAGGACCCCAGGCUCCUGGUGUGGGUCGUCAGGUCCAAAGAGACCCCUCCCGGGCUGGAGGCUGGAGCUGAUGCCCCCCCAGAGAUAGCCCCCGUAGUGCCCGUGGAUGAGGCUGCCCUGCAGGCCCUGGUGGAUGCCGUGUUCCAGGUGUCCGUGCUGCCGGGGAACGUGGGCUACCUGCGCUUCGACAGCUUUGCCGACGCCUCCGUGCUGGGGCCGCUGGGCCCGUACAUCGUGCGCCAGGUGUGGGAGCCGCUGCAGGACACGGAGCACCUCAUCCUGGACCUGCGCCAGAACCCCGGGGGGCCAUCCUCCGCCGUGCCCCUCCUGCUCUCCUACUUCCAGGGCCCUGAGCCCGGCCCCGUGCGCCUCUUCACCACCUACGACCGUCGCACCAACGUCACACAGGAGCACUUCAGCCGGACGGACCUGCUGGGCCAGCGCUACAGCACCCAGCGAGGGGUGUACCUGCUCACCAGCCACCGCACUGCCACCGCCGCCGAAGAGCUGGCCUUCCUCAUGCAGUCGCUGGGCUGGGCCACGCUGGUGGGUGAGAUCACCGCCGGCAGCCUGCUGCACACCUGCACGGUGCCCCUGCUGGAGACGCCCGAGGGCGGCCUGGCCCUCACGGUGCCCGUGCUCACCUUCAUCGACAACCACGGCGAAUGCUGGCUGGGAGGUGGAGUGGUGCCCGACGCCAUCGUGCUGGCCGAGGAGGCCCUGGACAGAGCCCAGGAGGUGCUGGAGUUCCACCGCAACCUGGGGGCCCUGGUGGAGGGCACAGGACACCUCCUGGAGGCCCACUACGCCCGACCAGAGGUGGUCGGGCAGACUGGCGCCCUGCUGCAAGCCAAGCUGGCUCAGGGGGCCUACCGCACAGCGGUGGACCUGGAGUCGCUGGCCUCCCAGCUCACGGCCGACCUGCAGGAGAUGUCUGGAGACCACCGGCUACUGGUGUUCCACAGCCCGGGCGAGCUCGCGGCCGAAGAGGCGCCCCCGCCCCCUCCCGCUGUCCCCUCCCCAGAGGAACUCUCCUAUCUCAUCGAGGCUCUGUUCAAGACCGAGGUGCUUCCCGGCCAGCUGGGCUACCUGCGUUUCGAUGCCAUGGCCGAGCUGGAGACGGUGAGGGCCAUCGGGCCACAGCUGGUGCAGCUGGUGUGGCAAAGGCUGGUGGACACGGCCGCGCUGAUCAUCGACCUGCGCUACAACCCCGGCAGCUACUCCACAGCGGUGCCGCUGCUCUGCUCCUACUUCUUUGAGGCCGAGCCCCACCAGCACCUCUACUCCGUCUUUGAUAGGGCCACCUCAAGGGUCACGGAGGUGUGGACCGUGCGCCAAGUGGCAGGCCAGCGUUACGGCUCCCACAAGGACCUCUACAUCCUGAUGAGCCACACCAGUGGAUCUGCGGCCGAGGCUUUUGCUCACACCAUGCAGGACCUGCAGAGGGCCACUGUCAUCGGGGAGCCCACGGCUGGAGGGGCGCUCUCCGUGGGCAUCUACCAGGUGGGCAGCAGCCCCUUGUAUGCCUCCAUGCCCACACAGAUGGCCCUGAGCGCCACCACAGGCGAGGCCUGGGACCUGGCUGGAGUGGAGCCCGACAUCACAGUGCCCAUGAGCGAGGCCCUCUCCACAGCCCGGGACAUAGUGGCCCUGCGCGCCAAGGUGCCCACCGUGCUGCAGACGGCCGGGAAGCUGGUGGCCGAUAACUAUGCCUCCCCCGAGCUGGGGGCCAAGGUGGCUGCCAAACUGAGCCGCAUGCAGAGCCGCUAUGCCAGGGUGACCUCCGAAGGCGCCCUAGCCGAGAUGCUGGAGGCCGACCUGCAGAUGCUCUCCGGGGACCCACACCUGAAGACGGCCCACAUCCCCGAGGAUGCCAAGGACCGAAUUCCUGGGAUUGUGCCCAUGCAGAUUCCCUCCCCUGAGGCCUUCGAAGACCUGAUCAAGUUCUCCUUCCACACGAAUGUGCUUGAAGACAACAUCGGCUACUUGCGAUUCGACAUGUUCGCAGACAAUGAGCUGCUCACUCAGGUCUCCGAGCUGCUGGUAGAGCACGUCUGGAAGAAGAUUGUGCACACGGACGCCAUGAUUGUCGACAUGAGGUUCAACAUCGGUGGCCCCACCUCCUCCAUCUCCGCCCUGUGUUCCUUCUUCUAUGACGAAGGCCCUCCGAUUCUGCUGGACAAAAUCUACAGCCGGCCCAACGACUCCAUCAGUGAGCUCUGGACCCACUCUCAGCUUACAGGUGAACGCUACGGCUCCAAGAAGAAUGUGGUCAUUCUGACCAGCAGCGUGACGGCUGGCGCUGCAGAGGAAUUUACCUACAUCAUGAAGAGGCUGGGGCGGGCAGUGGUCGUCGGGGAGGUGACCAGCGGGGGCUGCCAGCCGCCGCAAACCUAUCACGUGGAUGACACCGACCUCUACCUCACCAUCCCCACGGCCCGCUCAGUGGGGGUUGCAGAUGGCAGCUCCUGGGAAGGGGUGGGCGUGGUGCCCCACGUGGCUGUCCCCGCUGAAGCCGCCCUCACCAGAGCCAAGGAGAUGCUCCAGCACACUCUGCUGAGGGCGAGGCGGAGCCCAGGCCUGCAGGGCUGCCGGGAUGACCUCUUUCAGCAGAGCCCCGGGGUGGGCGGGACCUCUGGGCCAUACCCCAAGGGCAUUCCAGCAUGUGGUCCUGCCUGA